CUACUGGGAAGAAGGAGAAGACGAAGAAAAAGAGUGAAUGCACAGAAUAAUAUGAGUAUAUACACACGUACAAAAGUGUGUAAGAGGAAUGCACUUCUUCUUUAACACCAACAUCAUCUCUUACAAUAUGUAUAUACGUAUCUUACGGUCUCUGAAACAGGGAGAGUUUGGUUCCAUCAUCACGAUCAUCGUGUAAGUGAAGGUACAUAGAGCUACAUCAUCUCAAAAAGAUAUCCUCCGUCCAAAACCAAGUUAACUUUUAACUAUUAGUUAACAACGAAGCCAAAUGUAUAAUAAGUAAGUAGUGAGUCUGUCUCCUGUGAGUUUAGUUACUACUCCUGUUAAAAGCCUCCGGUUACACGUAUUGUCUAUGCUCACAUACAUAUUCCUAUUCGUGUAAAGCAGCAGUAGUGAAGUGAAUUGAAUAAGUUUUGAGAGUUAUUAGGGGCUGGGUUAGUUGGGUGGUUUUACUGGAUCCCAGUCACUAUUCAGUCCUCAGCCAGUCCGCCCAUCACAAUAGUUGCACGACGACGACGACGACGACGACGAUGAUGAUUAUAUUACUAACUUUAUAAUACUUUUGUUUAACGAUUUUUGCAAUAUUUUGGACCAUCUUUAUAAGCUGCCGAUAAUUCAAAUGAGUGUGGUUCUUCUUUGUGACCUUAUAAUAAUAACGUAGUAGUGCCCUCAAGUAUUUUUGAGACGUGGUGAAGGUGGUCGUGGUGGUGAGACGAAGAGUAGUGAACAAAGUGAGAUUCUCAUUAGAGAAAGAAAGAGAAAGAAGGGUAUCUAAUUUGCAUAAUUAUUAACUCCAAGUUGUAAGGUUUUCUCUCUCCACUGCUGCUGGAAUUGUGCAAUGAAACCGAGUGUCAGUUCGGUUAAGAAGAAUUAUCGCCAUACAUAAUUUUAGUGAUUAAGAAUCAGGACUCUCGGGAGAAUUCUGCUGCAAAAUGGCAACAGGUGGAUCCGGAGGUGGACUUCCGAACGGACAGUCACACAAAAACCAAGUCAUUCACAUCAGGGGUGACUCUGACUCCGAAUUGCAAGCUCUUUUCGACUCUGUCCUUGCACCAAAUGCAAACCGACGACCGAAACAAGUACCUUUAAGAUUGAGAAAUUUACCCGACUCUUUUUUCAAUCCACCCUCCAUCGGGUCAAAGUCUCCGUCCUGCAGUGUCAGUCACUCGAGGGAAAACUCGGUCGACUCGACGCUCAACCCCGUCAGGAGUCCACUUUCCACUGCGGGGGCAAGUCAUUCUCGAGCACACAGUUCUCCAGCCACUUUGGAGCAGACUUAUUCCGUGGCAGCCGCCCUGCCCGGACUUUCUCUUUCUCAGUCAGGCAGCGCAAAUAACCUUUCCGAUGACCCCUUGCCACCCGGAUGGGAACAAGCUUGCACUCCGGAAGGCCAAAUCUACUUCAUCAAUCAUAUCACCAGAAGUACAACGUGGGAAGAUCCUCGCAAAGCACAAACUCAGCAAAUUUUGGCUGCAAUUGGCAACGGAACUGGUUCACUUUCAUCCCAAGCUAAUCAUUCUGGAAAUGUGAUCCAAGCCGUGGGGUCGGCAGUUGGACCACUUCCGGAAGGAUGGGAACAAGCAAUCACUCCCGAGGGCGAAAUCUACUUUAUUGACCAUAUGAAUAGAACAACGUCCUGGUUCGAUCCUCGAAUACCGAUGCACUUGCAGCGACCUCAAGUAUUGCAACACCAAAUCAACGCGGCAGCUCUCGCGCAAGCAAGCGCCUUGGCCGCAGCUUCAGCAGCAGCUAUUUCAGCCAGUUCAAACGUCAAUACCGCUGUGACCUCCGCCGCUGGGACAGCCUCCCUUCUUAACAACAAUACCAGCAUCCAACUUUCCAGGCAGCAAGAAGUGAGACUUCAACAGCUUCAGUUGGAACGAGAACGUCUCAAGCUUCGUCAGCAAGAAAUCAUGCAGCAAAUGGAGAAGGAACAGGCUCGUUUACGUCAGCAAAAUAGACUUCAGCAAAUGGAGGAUGGUGAAAUAGAUCCCUUCUUGGGCGGAUCAAUGGUCAAUCCCUCCACUCCCAGCUCCGAUUUCCACAGUCGCCAAGAAUCUGCCGAUUCAGGUCUGGGCAUGGGAAACUCGUACUCGUUGCCAAACACACCAGAAGAUUUCCUUUCCAACAUGGACGACAACAUGGAUACAAUAAGCGAAUCCAUUGACGCACCUGACAUCGGAACCUUGGGGAACGACAAUGUGGAAUCCACGGAUGACCUAGUUCCUUCUUUGGACAUUUCGGAAUUGAAUUCAGAACUGUCCAACGAACUCUUGGACGAAAUGCAGACGAUCAUGAACUCUAGCAGGUCUGACAACACCAUGACAUGGCUAUGAUGUCCCGACUUGAGAACUAUUUUGAAUAAUCGUUAUUAUUUUAUUUUAUUCGCUCUCCUCGUUAUUUCGAUUUGUUUCUCUCCGACUCAUCAUGUUUAUGAAACUUAUUAUCUUGUCUCUGUUAUUAAUUAAGUUAUCACCCCGUCCACUUUUACUAUUCCCACAGGUAUACUUAAAAAUACUUUAAUGAUAAUAGCGAUAAUGAUCAAUCAACAUUUCGGCAUACGCCACAAUAGUAAAACAUACUUACUUACUUCAAGGAGGUAUUGACGAGCUCUCAAAUUUUUGACAUCUUCACUCUUAGCUGCAAGUUAUCAUUUGCCAUAAUGACUUACAUUAAGUAGUUUCAAGUACAAAAAUGCUGCAAUAUUUAUAUAAAUGAUGGGUACAUAGGAUUACGCCCAUUUGAUUACUAAAGUGAUGAAUGUAAUCGUGUUUAGCAGGAAUUUAUUAGCGAUUUAUUUAAAACAUCGUCAUUUUUUCAAAUUCAAGGGUAGAGAUUGUUGUGAUAACGAAGAAAUUAUUGGCCUUAUUGUUUUGUGUAAAAGAAGAACUUGAUACUAAAUUGUAUUCCUGUGCGUCUCAAAUGCUUAAAUGAGUUUGUUUUUUUGAUUAAUUUUAUUUAGCGGAUAUAAACUUAUAACCACGUGUUUCUAAUUUUUGUAAAUGAAUUUCCCCUCGUAAGGUUGAUUAUUAUGUUUAAAUUUCGACUUAAUUAUAACCAAGUUGUUAUCAUCAGUUCUAUUUUAUUGCGUUCAAGACAUAAAGGCAGGACAUGUAUUGAUUGAUACGUUGGUAAUCCUACGUCUUCCAUGAUGUGUAAAUAUAUAAUAUCCAAGGGUAUCGGAGGUAUUUAUUGUUAUUAUUUCGGGUCUUACGUGAUUUUGAUAUUUAAAAGUUUUAAUCUAAUGUUUUGCGAGGUUACAUAACUGCAUUUUUGGCUUGGGUGAAAGCAGGGAACGUGUGCCGUCCGAUCUGAAUGACAAUGAUAAAUCUGGUGUAGUUUUUGUACUAGAUGUACUAUUAUGGAUUGAAAUAUAUAUAUACCCCUUUUUACGCAAUAGAUUAUUUAGGUAUUUAGCUAAUGAAAUGCCCAUUAAUCUUUUUUAAAAAGUUAUGACUUUAUCCCGAGAGAAUUUCGUACAGUUUACGAUUUAGAAGAAAGCUUUGCUGUUUUGCAACACAAACAGAAGAAUUUCUUUGCUCCUGUCAAAUUUUCGAACAUCAAUUAUCAACAAAAGUACCAGUCUUUCAUGACAAAAGAGGUUACAAAUUAAAAUCAUGAAGAGCAAUUUAAAAUCAUUAUUUACUAAGCAAGAAAUAAUAUAAUGUAUUAAGGAACACACAAUUUGUGAUAGAUACAUGCAAUAGAGGCAAUAAUACGAUGAUGAUAAAACCCUUAUAAUAGCAAUACUAAUAGUACAUGUACUGGGAAGAAAUUGUUAAUUCAUACAUUUAUUUUUCGUGAUAAGUGUAUACAAAUGACCUUCUGACAUACAUAAUUAGUUGCAGUAAAUAUUUAUUGGAAACGCAUUUGGCGAAAAGCAAAAAGUGCCUUCAAAUUCGAAACAGUUUUAACCAGACUUGAUGAUAAUGAUAAAAAAAUAAACAAUACACUUAUAUUUUCCGUGACCCGAUGCAAUAUGAAAUGAGCUCUGAAACUGACUCGUCCAUGAAAUGAUUGCUUAUAUAACAUAAAAAAAUCGCAUUGUAAACUUUGCUACUUAAUCAAUCUACCUUAUUUCAUUAAUGUUAUUUACUAUUAAUAUUUUAGAAUCGCGUGCAUACCUCGAUCCAGCUUAAAUAGAGUAAUCUUAAACUUUUAGAUUUUAGAAGACUGAUGCUCAUGUUCAUAGUAAAAAUAUGAAUUUAUGCAAGUGAAACAGAUAAAAUGAAUGGCCGUCCGUUACGUUAUAAAUAUUUAGGAAUCAAUCAAGAUACAUUUGUGUAAUGAAAGAAGAGCUAUAUUAAACUGUAAUAAGCUUAAAUGAUUUAUACUUUUGUUUGCUAUUGUUAUUAUUAUUGUAAUUUGUGUAAAGUUUUACUAUAUAUGAAAAGUACUGUUGAUUGUAUAAUUGAUGCAUUACGGAAAUAUUUGAGACUUGAUCGGAAAGUGCAACAUAUUGUCGAGACGCGUGCAGAAGCAGGUUCUGCAAAAUUCACAAAGUGCCUUUGAUUGUGGGGUUUUACGGAGUUAUAGCUGAAUAUAAUUAUUAUUGUUAGUGUAGCUGGAAACUUGGGUAAUACACUGGCUUAUAAUUUAUAGGCUUAGGUUUGUAACUGUAUCUGUUAAUUGUUACACCUAAACAUAAUAGUUUGUAAUAAAAUGGUGGAAAUUGAA